GUCAAGGUCAGUUAUGUGAAAUUCUGCAUGUAUGCAGUCAUAUUAAACGGAGGGAAACUUAUAAAUGACCAUAAAAAUAUGAAAAUGAAAGUGUUCGAUGUUGUAUUUACAGAAAAAGGACAUGCGAUGUAUGAUAGAGGAUACUCUGCUACCAGAUGACUACAGGCCUGCUACUCUAAAAUAGUGAAGGAUUUGGACAUCGAUUAUGUAAUGACAUUCUAUAUAUCAAUUUAACUAUUAACCUAUAUCUUACAAACAUUACUAAGCCAAAUCAAGAGGGCUGUGAAAUAUAGACAGUUAGGCGGGGUAAUUAAAUCACUUAUCCAUCUCAGGUUUGGUUUCUCAGGUACUGUAAAUCAUAACCAUAACUGAUAUUGUGGAAGCCUUUAAUCAAAUUAAAUCCAUCAAAAGUCUAGUCCAUAGCAUUGUUGGGCAAAACUCACUGGCUGGGUAAGGAAGAUCCAUUAUAGAUGAAACAGUAAAUAACCUUAUAUUCUCGGAACAUUAGAAACUAACCAAAAUGGCCACAGGGUACACAGAAGAAGCACCUCUGACAAGUGCUCAUAUCAGUGCACUUAAAGCAUGUAAAUCUAUAAUGACAGACACACUUGAUAUGCAGCAAUUAAUGGACAUGUGCUCUCAAGAAAACAUUAUUACAAACUCAAUGAAGGAUAAGAUCCUAGCAAGGUCCUCUGCACGAAAGCAGUGUAAGGAAUUCAUAGAUUGUUUCGAAACUCAAUCAGUUAAUACAUUCAAUGCAUUUGUUAAUUUACUCAGAGAAGACUAUGGGUUUCUCGUCAAGAAAAUUGAGAAAGAGUUAUGGGGGAAUAUUUUAGACCAAACAAAGUAUUAUAUGCAAUUGGCUAAUAACAUAGACGGUAAUCGAGCCUAUGAAAUUUCCCAGACUGAUGGGGAAACACUGAGAGAAAUCUUAAGAAAUGUGGAAGCACUCCUCCAAAAAUGUCCAACUGAUGAGCCAAAUGAAACACAAACAUCAACUGCAAAGCAAAAGGAAUUGGAAGCUCAAGAGUGUUCCUCUAUCAAUACAUCUCCUUAUUCCCCAUCACAAGGUUCGCAAGGUUAUUCAUCUCCCCACAAACUUCCCCCAAAUGCCCCAACAAGUGCUCCUCAGGCAUAUUCCUCUCCCUACCAACCUCCCCCUGGUACCACACCAAGUGCUUAUCAGUCAUAUUCCUCUCCUUACCAAAUGCCUCCUAGUGCUCCGCCAAGUGCUCCUCAAGCAUAUUCCUCUCCCUACCAACCUCCCCCUAAUGUCCUUCCAAGUGCUAGCCAAGCAUACUCUUCUCCCUCCCAACCUCCCCCUUAUUCCCCACCAAAUUCUUCACAAGCAUAUUCCUCUCCCUAUCAUGUUCCCCCUAAUGCAGCUGCAAGUAUUGAGCUACCACCUGGCUAUAACUCGGUAGUUGCUGCACGCUCAGAUCCAAAAGAAACAAACCCAACUGUAGCCAAACAGAAAAUCACAUAUAAAAAUGCUGUCCAAUUUCCAGAAGGUGAUGCUAAACUCUUAGCAAAGAUUAAGUUAAUAAAGGAAAAGACACUGCAGAAUGUAAAAACAAUUCACAAAAUUGAGUUCCUUAAAAAUGAUGACAUUCUGUUGGAGGUGAAGAAACAAUCGAAGAUGAUUACAUCAAAAGAAAUAGCCUUGUUGUGUGAUCCAAACUGGAAGACCAAGAAAACACUGGUAGAAAAAGAUGUGUUAAGUGUUGCAGCUAAAGAUGACCUCAUCGCUGUAGCGUGUGGUGAAAAGAACAAUGUGACUGUGAAAUUGUUUCAAAUCAAUGGGGAACACACAAAAGACAUACGAAUACCAGGAUCACCCAAAUCAAUGACAUUUACUAACCCAAAUGAGAUACUAUUCAAUAGUGAACCUGGUAAGCUAUGUUACUUGGAUAUCCAAACCGGUGAGAUUGUAAAUAAAAGAUUCUACGAAAGUGUUGAAGAGGUCCAGAGCAUUGCAGUUGCUCCAAAUAAUAACAUUGUUGUUGCACAUGAACAAAAUGUUACAUGUAUUGACAAACAGGGUGAAGAGGUUUUCUGCUAUAAAGGAGGUGAUAUGGAAAUGAUAAGCAGUGUUUGUGUUGACAGCCUUGGACAUAUAUUCAUUGCUGGCACUAAUAUUUAUGUUCUGACUCAAAAUGGUAUAUCUCUCAAAGAAAGGAGUCUACCAGGGUUGCAAACUCCAAAUGCAGUUGCAGUGAACAAUCAAGGAGAAUUAGUGAGUGGUACUCAAGUCCUUUUUGGAUCAGCAGAGGUGUUCACUUAUAAGUAUAGAGAAGAGUAAGAUUGAUUAAAAUUUAUAUUUGUUGCACUGAAAACACUAGAUCUUGAUAGAAUUCUUAGAGAGUGGCACUGGAGUUCACCUACAUGCUACAAGUAUAGAGAAUAGACUAUACAAAACUUGAAACUUGUGGUCUGAAACUUGAGAUUUUUUUUAUAAAACCUAAUGGUAUAGUUAAUGUGCUUCUAAAAUAUUACACCAGUAUACAUUCAGUGCAGUUCCUUAUGAAAGAUCAGGAUCUGGUUAUUUCUUUACGAGAGUGGAACAGAUGUACUUCUAUAAAACAUAUAGCCCUAUAUGCCAAGAUUGAAAAAAUGUUAUGCUGAAUGAAUGAUACCGGUAUGUGUUCUUUUUGUAUAAUAAUAAACAUUGUCAUAAUAUAUUAAGUUAUUAACCUUCUCACAAAUUUUAUUGUAUAUUGGCAGACAUAAAUAAAUUAUUGUAAUAUUAAACUGUACAACAUAAAAAUGUGAAACUGUGGCACGUUAUUAUUUAAUAUUUCAUAGCUGUUUAUAAAUGAUACCAGUAUGUGUUCUUUUUGUGUAAUAAUAUAUACUCGUACAUGUACAUGAUCAUAAUAUAUUAACCUUCUCACACAUUUUAUUGUAUAACUGUUAUUAUUUAAUAUUUAAUAGCUGUUAAUAUACCGGUAUUAAUUCUUGAAGAUAUGGCAGGAAAAUACAUGUUGAAAAACCAACUUUUCCACACUAACUUCAUGUACAUUAAUCUUUUUCAUAUCAAAUAUAAGUCAAAUGUAAGUCCAAUAUUAUUAAAGACACUUGUUUUAGUAACAUUAUUCUUCUUCAAAAAUAAAAAGUACCAUGAUAUUCAAGAAGCAAACAAUAAAAUUUAUUACAAGAAUUAAGACUUACCAUAAGAAGUGGAGUGAUUUUUUGUGCUCCUCGACUAGCAGGAUCAAUUAUAGCAACUAGGUCAUAGGAAGGAGUUUCAGUGUCCCCCUCUAUCUUUAUA